AGUCUUUGGCACCAUCUAGCGUCGGUUGCAAUGCAAAAUAUGCAUGCAACCUUAUGAUUCGCUGUCAUUUAAACAGCUGGUUCCCAUUCAUUUCAUAUUAGUUAACAGUCCCACUGCGAGUAAUGAAAAUGCUUCUCGACAAGGCCUCGCCAUGAGUAUGCAAACCGCCUGGUGUUAAGCUGGUUAUGGCAGGGCUGCAACAUGACCCUAAUCUGCAUAAUUACGUUAAGGGUGCUAAAACCCACUGCAUGCAGCACGCUUCAAACAAACAAACAAACAGGGGGAAGGCAGCAACGUUGUUCUUCCGGGGCCAGCAGACAUGAUUCAGCCAAAAUUCAGCCAAGAGGUGCUCACCAAAUCUGAGGAUCCUGUGCAAGAAGAGAUAAUGUUGACCACCCAUGAUAAAAACGGUGGGUUGUAUCUGACCGGUCAUAGCAUCAAACAGGCAACUAACAACAGCCACAAUUGGACUACACCUGGCCUCCAUAUGUCAGGCACACAUGGACAGGAGUCAGUGGGUCAGCUUGCGACGUCCUCACCGACCCAGGAGGGCAUGGCACAGCUGGGCUCGCUGGCGCUCAAGCCCCCCAGGCAUGACUCAGAGAGGCUUGCCGAGGACCAGCCACCGAGACGGCCCCUGAAGCUCACCCCGCUGGAGCUGCCAGAGGAGGUGAGGGAGGCUCAGAGGAAGAAACUUAACUUGAUCUAUCAAGAUGCCAAACGUGCUGCUUGUAAGCUCGAUAUCAGGUUGAACAGUAACGCCAUGUGUAAGCCAAAGCCGAUUGUGAGGCAGAAGCUGGUGAAAGCGGUCAUGAGUCCCUCCGCUUCAACUGUGCCGGUCAAAACGGCACCGCGGCAGAAAUCCCCAAGACCCCAGCUGGCGCGCUCUGACCCCGUAGAGAAGCAGCUGCAGGACGUCGCGUGUCGAGCGAUCCAGGCCUCCGUGCGUGACAAAGCUGCCCCUCCUCUACUGCCUGCCGCGAUUAAAGCCGAGGCCGCGUGCGACGGAGAGGCGUCACGCAAGAACCCGACCGCCCUCCGGCCCGUGGCAGAACGAAGACGGCUGAGGAUGAGGAGAGAGAAAUGCCUCGAAGAGGAUCAGUGCCAAUCCAACACGUCACCUGGGAGAUUAUCCACAGAUGGAGGAAGGUUUACCCAAGGUGUCCGAGGCAAAGGCCAGCAGACAGAGUGGUGCUUGUAGAGGCCAACCACAUGCUGGAAAGAACAUCAAAGAUCCCCGCGCUCCUCUAACCUCCUGCAAGCAGGGAGGUGCCAGAAGGAGCCACCAGGAGGAAGGCAGGAAGCAAAUCCAUAAGAGACAUCUUGGACAGACAGUCGGACGAAGGUGGAAACAGGGAAACAGUUCCAAAUAGCUUGAUCAUGAAGCAUAACGACGCUCUCCCUUUGGAAGCUCUAGAAAUGUAAUGAAGGUUCAGUUUGGAAGUUGCCUGUUCCAAUUAUAACGUGUCAAACAUGUCAGAGGCGAGUUUUAAUUACCAGGGUGUUAUAGGGAUAACAGUUUAUCAUGGGUUCCCAACACAAUU